CUGUUGUUGAGGUAUUCCCUUUCAUUUGGUUAGGACUUGGCGAACAGGCUGACGUCAGAACUGGUUACUUUAUAAUAGUCUACUAGCAACAACUUGACGCAUUCAGUAUUCAGUCUGACCAGUGCCUGCUCUUACUGGCUAUGGACUCUGUAACGAUUACUGCACUACUGUGUGCCGUGUUUGCUGUGUUGGGAGACUGCAGGCCUCAAGACUUCGCUUUCCCUGGAGGAACAGAAAGACCUUCUAGAUUUCCACUCAGGCCUGGUGAACCACCGUUUCGCCCAACACGGCUACCGACUCGUCCCACAACACAAUCUCCUCGUCAAGAUACUGUAACAUCAUCAUCAUCAAAUUCCACCACCACCAGGAUACCACCCAGAGAUCCAGGAAACCGAAUAGUUUACAUAGUAUCCUGCCCAUGCCAGUUCACCUAUCAGUACAGCCCAGUAUGUGGCACCGAUGGUCAGACUUAUGGCAAUAUGGGGGUACUACAGUGUGCUAAAACUUGUGGAACAGAUGUUGAUGUUUACCUGGUUGGGGCAUGUGGAAGGAAUAAUGGCUGACAUCCAUCUGUCAGAAGACCAAGUCAAUGGUACCUACAUUGGUGGAAAUUUGUGAUAAUAGUUUAAUUAUUUUUACCACUUUAGUUGUAAAUAACAAUUUUGAUACAACUUACUAACAUAUUUUAAGCAUGUACAAAUUUACGUUAAAUAAAUUAUUAUUAUUAUUAAUA